AUGACUCUUCCAGUUAAAAUCUUGGAGAAAAUUGUCGGGAAAUCUGAGUUAAAAGAACACAUGAUUCUCCGAAAUGUGUGCAAAAAAUUCCGAAAAAUCGUCGUCAACGCUGAUCCCAGAUUCAAAAUUAUCUCAAUAAAAGCUACCGCGUCAAAAAUUGAGUUCGAAUUGGAUGAUGACUAUCAACUUGAAUACAAAAAUAUAAAUUCUGCACUCAGUGACUUGAUAGUUAUCCUGAGCAACCCGAAACUCAGACUGGAAAGUCUGGAAAUUCGAGAUAUCGAUCAGAAAUAUAUGAAGAUGUUCUGGGCGAAAAUUGACACAUUGAAACAGAAACUCCACGUGGAAAGUGUAUUGAUUGAAUACGAAAAUACAAUGGAAGAAGCCAAUAUUUUGAAGUAUUUGAAGCCGGGAAUACUCAAAACAAUCAUUUUGGAAAGAAGAGUAGCUCAUCGAGACAUUCCGGUUAAUUCUGAUGAGAUUACAGAGGGAAUGAAUAGAAUUAUUGAGACGGAGCAAUAUAAAAAAGUGAAAAUGCUCUAUGUCUGGCCGAAUUGUGGUCAGGAGACUUUUCCAGUUAAAGCAUUUAUGAAAUGCUCACAACUUACUAUUAAUUUCCAUAACCUCACCUCAACUCAAUUGGCAAAUUCUGUAUUGCCUUUCCUGAAAUCUACCGAAUUGCAACUUCUCCGUUUGAAAACUCAAACAAGCACUAGAAUGGAAACUGUUAAAGACAAUCUACUUGUGAUCGGCGGGAAAGAUGUCAGAAAUUGUCCGAAUUCCAUCCGUUUUCCGAUUAAAAAAUCCAAGAAUUUCUUCGAAUUACAGAUCAAUGGCCUCGAAAUUCGUAUCGAGAGGAAAUAA